CACACCGAGAGAAUAAACUUCAAGAUGCCCUUGACAAAAACAGGCUACGGAGUACCACUUUUCAAAAUAUUUAGUUCCGGGUUUUCUAGUUGCCAGAAUUUCAGUUCCCCUGGGACACCACCUCUUACAUCUGAUACUCUUGAAUCAUUGUAAUGUAAAGUUCUCAGUAUAGGAUGAACUUAUUCACUUUUUGAACACCACUCGACUUAAGGACAGCAAUUACAACAUGGCAAAACGUCAUGCCACAAACAUGAGACGCCGAUAGGUUUUGCAGAACUUUGCUCACCCACACCAUCAAAUCCGAAAUGUCAACAUGGGGUUGCGUCACUCACGGUCGGAACAAAGAUGCAUUUAAGUGUUUUUUUAUGCAUCACGCCUGUCCAAUAUAAAUACUCGGAACACAGCAAGGCUGUCAGUUUAAGCCGUGUCUCCACAUUCGAGCCAAAAGAGGAAAUAUUGCUGUCGGGGAAAGAACUUUACUUCGAGACAAGAUGGUGCAGUUAGCCGUCUACGCCGCGAAUCCAGAGGAUCACAAGGAACAGUUCAAGAAGCCUUCCUGGCCAAUUGGCGAGAACGCGGACUUUGUGGAGGUCAAAAUACCAAAGGACAAAGUUUCCGAAGUCGAGGUCAAACCGACCGGGUGCUGCACUCGAAGAUGCGCCGUCAUUCUCGUCGUUCUCGGGGUGCUGAUAGCCCUGGGCACGGUCGGUGCUGUUCUCGGUGUUUACUACUCAACUCGGCACCAUGAGCCACAAAAAGACGACGUUUUGUACCCUACACCAAUUGGAAGAGAAAGUGGCGACUCGGAUGAUGGCCAUCAUGACGGCCACACUGGCCGGCCCGAUUGUGACCACGAUCAUGACGACCAUCAUGGUGACCGACCUGAUCCAGAUGACGACCACACUGGCCGGCCCGAUUGCGACCAUGACCCCGACCACGAUGACAACGGGCACCACGAUCGGCCAAGACCUGCUCCGACUCGACCCAAGCCUUCAGGAGAAUCGCCGAUGCGCCCCUGGCCCUAGAGGGAGAACUCACCCCGAGGCUAGCGGGCCAGUGAAACAAAACACGUCCACUUGACACGCUUUCUUUAGCUGUUGGAGAAAGAAUGACCUAUCGAUGUAGUACCUGCCUUUACGAUUUUAAUUUUCAAGACAGGUUUUUUUUAAAGCCAGAUUUAUAACUUAGAAACGGGAUUAAUAAUCUAGACAGAAGUAUUUCCAAAGGCCAGAUUGAUAAUAAUUUGAAAACGGAAUCGAUUUGUUAAUUUGUAAGUUAUUUAUUACAUUGCCCAAAAGUGCAAUGUCAGCGUUGAAUUAUCAUAAAAGUACCUAUAUGGGAAUAAUUCCACUCUGCUAUUAGUUGUAAAGAAGAACGUAAAAGAGAUUAAAUUUCAACCAAAAUAUUAAUCAACUGCGCGUGCUUUUCAUGACCAAAAUGUAAACCACUAGCUAGGGCGUUUUCUUUAUGAAGAAGCGAAGCAAAACGCAAACUUUCCUUUUUUGGUCUGGCAGUGGGACAGUCCAAAAAUAGCGACGGAACUGAUGACCUUCAUGCCUGUGAACCAUGAUGACUUGAGGUUCUGUUACCAACGUCAACAGUCUUUGUUGUACGCUCGCUUCUGUGUGUUCAACCCUUCGUCAAUCCAGGCAAAACAACAAACUAUACAAAAGCGUUCAUUUUAUGAGCACAAAACGCUCACAAACCACCUUUGGAUACUAAAAGUAGACUAAUCACCUGUCCUGUUUUCAUCGUUGCAAAGCCAUGCUUUAGCCUCAAACUAAAAUCCCUUGAUUUGUGAAAAUUCUAAAAAUCUUCUUUUUUUGUCUAAAAGAUAGAUCUGACACAUACAAUACCCUGUUAACCACAACACUCAUUGGCAAGUUGUGCGUGUAUUUUCGUUAGCUGAAAAAAAAAUUAAUAAUAUACACUCAAAUAAAGAUCGUUGAGUGCACAUGUAUAUAAUUUAGUAUGACUUUUGUCGACGAUUUAAUUUCUAUUUGAGAGUUUUUCUAACAAAUAUUCUAAUUUGCGGUGUGCACGAACGGGAGAAAACAGGACACAAUGGAAUCGAAUCUUCAAAGACUUCCCAGGGCCUUCGUUGGCGACUCCUUUCCAAUCUGAAAACAGCCGUUCAUUAAAGAGGCGAUGUGUUUGCACGAGA